AAGUAUUAAUUUUCUUGGUUAAUGACAUUUCUGAUCGGAUCAUUCCGCAAUGGAUGAUAUAAAAGUUGUUGGAGAGGGUUCUACAAAUUUACCGAAUGAUAAACGCAUUUCAGGUGGCUCAAUGCCAGUAAAGAGUACAUCUGACGAACCUGAAACCGAACAAGAAACCUUAAUCCACGCAAACCCCCCUGAUCAUACCUCUGACAAUAUUUCCACAAGCAUAGAAACAAUGCCUGAUGAUUCGUUGUUCCCGACAGAAAAAGAUAGUCCCAUGCGCGACUAUCUUGUUCAAGAAGUACCCUUAUCCCCUUGGGGACUUGCAAAGGGACAAAAUGGCAACGAUAAGUCACCGAGCUUGAAAGUAAGUGAUAUUGAUACAGCUGCACCUUUCGAGUCUGUUAAAGAAGCUGUUUCGAGGUUUGGUCGCGUUGUUGAUUGGAAAGCGCAUAGAGUUCAGACCACGGAGAAACGUGUGUAUAUCGAACAACAACAACAUGAGAAACCAAAUGAUGAGAUUCUGUUAAUGAAGAAAAAAUCUGAAGCAGAAGAAGAAGCCAGACUGCAAAAGGAGCUAGACAGCACUAAGAGGCUCAUAGAAGAACUAAAUUUGAAGCUCGAACGAGCACAGACCGAAGAACAUGAAGCCAAACAAUACUUUGAACUUGUGAUGCUCGGAGUAGAAGAAACGGAUCAAGGGGUUGCUGAUGAUUCUAGUGUUGCAGCCAAAGCACAGCUCGAGGUUGCAGUUGCGGAGCUGGCAAGUGUUAAAGACGAGCUUGAAUAUCAACGUAAAGACUAUGAUUUAUUGGUGUCUGAGAAAGAUAUAGCUGUAGAAAGAGCUCGGGAAGCAGCGUCUUCAUUAAAAGAUGUUGAGAGACAAGUAGAAAACUUAACUAUCCAACUGAUGAUGACAAAAGAAUCUUUGGAAUCGACACGUGCUGCUCAUUUAGAGGCUGAAGGACACAGAAUUGAAGCAGACAUGGCACGCGAGCAAGACGCUUUGAUAUGGAAUCAAGAACUGGAACAAGCACAAGAGGAGCUUGAGAAAGCCAACCAACAGAUUCGCUCGAUUGAAAACAAGAAAUCUACACUAGCUACCGCUACAGCAUUGCUUCACGGCUUGAAGAACGAAUUAGCGGCUUACAAGGAAUCAAAGUUGACUCGAGAUAAUCCUGAGAACAGUAUACAAGCAGCAAAGAAGAAUGUGGAAGAUGUGAAACAAAACAUUACAAAAGCAACAGAAGAGAUUGCUUAUUUAAAAACGGCUGUGAGUUCGUUAAAAAACGAGCUCGAGAGAGAAAAGGCCGCCCUUGCUGCCGUUAGGAAAAGCGAAGGGAUGGCGGAGGUGGUGGUUGCUUCUCUUGAAGCCGAACUAAACCGAACAAUAUCAGAAGUUGCUCUUGUUCAAUCAAAAGAAAAAGAAGCCCGGAAAAAAAUGGUGGAGCUCCCGAGACAACUACAAAAGGCAGCCCAAGAGACAGAUCAAGCAAAAUCACGGGCUCAAGAAGCCCGUGAAGAGCUAAAGAAAGCAAAAGAAACGGUAGAACAAGCUAAAGAUGGAGCAAGUACAAUGGCAAGCAGACUACUUGCUGCUCAAAAGGAAAUAGAAGCGGCAAAAGCUAUAGAAAAGUUAGCUCUAGCAGCCAUUGAUGCACUUCACAAGCCUGAAAACGAGCCGAAAACGGGAGUUACGCUUACUAUGGAGGAAUAUUGUGAAUUAAGUAACAAAGCCCAUGAAGCAGAAGAGGCGGCUCACACACGGGUGGCUGAAGCAGUUUCACUUAUUGAUGUAGCAAAGGAAACUGAAUCAAAAAGGUUGAGUAAACUGGAGCAAGUGACCUUAGAAUUAGCUGCAAGAAAGCAAGCUUUUGAUGCUGCAUUGCAGAAAGCCGAAAAGGCGGAACAAGGAAAGCUGGGUGUCGAAAAGGAUCUGAGAAAGUGGAGAGCUGAACACGAGCAAAGGCGGAAAGCAGGACUCGGGGUGGGGUUGAGGGAAGGUUUUGAAGAGGUGAAGAGCUUUAGUGUAAGGGCCAUUAGCCCUUUUAACCAUAACUCGAUGCCCGUGUUGAAGACGGUUUUACCUGAAAGGAACAGCAACUCGGCUGAAUUGUCGCCUGAGGUGAGGAGUUUAAAGAAAAAGAAGAGGUCGUUUUUCCCGAUAUGGAUUUGAGAAAAGAAAGAAACAUAGUUGAACAUGUAACACAUUUUGUUGUUUUUUAAUGUGAUUCAUUUGCAUAUUUGAUCAUAAUAUUGAAAUACAAUAAGUUUUAUUAUGUAACAAA